GUUGAUCUCUGAAACCCUAUAACCCCUCUGAGUGUGUUUCCCUGUCAUGUCUGACAACGGAGAGCUGGAGGACAAACCCCCUGCCCCCCCAGUCAGAAUGAGCAGCACCUUUAACACCAGCAUCAAGGACAGUAUGUCAGCAAACCCCAGCUCUAAACCCCUGCCCUCCGUCCCUGAGGAGAAGAGGGACAAACCUCGCAACAAGAUCAUAUCCAUAUUCUCAGCAGAGAAAGGAAGAAAAAAAGACAAGGAUAAGGAGCGUCCAGAGAUUUCUAACCCUUCAGACUUUGAGCACACCAUACAUGUGGGCUUCGAUUCUGUCACGGGGGAGUUCACUGGCAUGCCAGAGCAGUGGGCUCGACUGCUGCAGACCUCCAACAUCACGAAAUCUGAGCAGAAGAAAAACCCUCAGGCUGUCCUAGAUGUGCUCAAAUUCUACGACUCCACAGGCAACAGCAGGCAGAAAUACCUCAGUUUUACAGAUAAAGAUGCACCACCAGCUAAAAAAGGCUCAGAGCAAUCACCAGUCAAGGACCAUGAUGAUGAUGACGAUGAUGAAGCCCCGCCCCCUAUUGUUGCACCACGUCCACAGCAUACCAUAUCUGUAUACACUCGUUCUGUCAUCGAUCCCAUUCCUCCACCUGCUGCUAUUGCGGAAACAGAUGGCUCCAAAGCUGCAGACAAACAGAAGAAGGCCAAGGGCAAGAUGACCGAUGAGGAGAUUAUGGAGAAACUUAGAACCAUUGUCAGUAUUGGAGACCCCAAGAAAAAAUACACAAGAUACGAAAAAAUUGGACAAGGUGCGUCUGGUACAGUGUACACAGCUAUUGACGUUGCUACUGGCCAAGAGGUCGCCAUCAAGCAGAUUAAUCUACAGAAGCAGCCCAAGAAGGAGCUGAUCAUCAAUGAGAUCCUGGUGAUGAAGGAGCUGAAGAACCCCAACAUUGUCAACUUCUUAGACAGCUUCUUGGUUGGAGAUGAGCUCUUUGUGGUGAUGGAAUACCUUGCUGGAGGCUCUCUGACUGAUGUGGUAACAGAAACCUGCAUGGAUGAGGCACAAAUUGCUGCCGUCUGCAGAGAGUGUUUGCAAGCUCUAGAGUUCCUUCAUGCGAACCAGGUUAUCCAUCGAGACAUCAAAAGUGACAAUGUUCUAUUAGGAAUGGAUGGAUCUGUCAAACUAACCGAUUUUGGGUUCUGUGCUCAAAUCACCCCUGAGCAAAGUAAGAGGAGCACCAUGGUAGGAACACCCUACUGGAUGGCUCCUGAGGUGGUCACGCGUAAAGCCUACGGUCCCAAAGUGGACAUAUGGUCUCUGGGUAUUAUGGCCAUCGAGAUGGUAGAGGGUGAACCACCUUAUCUCAAUGAGAAUCCUCUGAGGGCGCUGUACCUCAUCGCUACUAAUGGCACCCCAGAGCUCCAGAAUCCAGAGAAACUGUCACCCAUUUUUAGAGACUUCCUAAACCGCUGCCUUGAGAUGGAUGUGGAGAAGAGAGGUGGAGGAAAAGAACUCUUGCAACAUCCUUUCCUGAAGCUGGCGAAGCCUCUUUCCAGCCUCACUCCCCUUAUACUUGCUGCCAAGGAGGCAAUGAAGAGUAACCGCUAGCCCUUUGUCACUAUGUGCCAAUGCCCAAAUUACUUCUCACGACCGGUUCCUGUGAGAACUUCCAUCACUCCGGCAGAGUCACCUUCUAGUCCCGCGAAGGGCCUUUGCUAUUCAGCCCUGAAGACCUUAGUCAAUCCCACCUGGGCGACUAACUUGCACAAUCACCAUGUCUUGCCUCCUCACACCAAACUCUCCUUUAAUGUGCCUGAAGGGGCUACAAAACCAGAGGAGCCACUGACUGUAGACCUCUCUUGUUUUCUACUGAUGUCUCUCAUUUUGUUUGUUUUAUGUAAACGGUUUGACACCAUCGUGUACCUGAACAUUUCAUGCUUUUCUGUCUAAAUUUAUCUUGUAUUUUAUUAGUUUCAAGUAUUGUUGAGCUCUGGCCUAACAAAGUACUUUUUCCCCUUCCUUUUUUAUGUUCCAGAGAAGUAUUGUAAUACUUGAAUUGUCCCAUCCUCUAAUAUUGACCUGCCACUUGUGCCUACUACCUAUUUUGCCUUCACUUUUCUCAACAAAAUGGAACAAUUUUGCUGUAUGGAAUUAAAUGAACCGUUUCUGUUUUUAAAUUUUUUAUUGCAAAACCUAAAGUUUAUUAAAGCGUUUUGUAUAUUAUGUAUUUUGAUUAGCAUACCGAAAUGGGGAAAAGAACAAGAAUCAGGACAUUUUUGACUAGCUGUUUUAUAUUUAUAUGUAUGUAAACAGUAUUUUAUUUUUUAACUAACAAUCUUGACGGAAUACCAGAAUUGAAUGCGCCUUCAGUGGUUGUCAUAAAAAUGAAUAAUUUGCUACAUUCUUUUGCAUGUUAAAUCUAACUUGUUUUUUAACAUAACAUUUCAAUGAGAGACAUUUUCAGACAUUCCAAUUGAGUAAAAUACACUUUCUGUCUGUUUUCUGCUUGUUUUCUAUGAGAUACAAUGUUUUUGUUAAUGAUGAAACCAUCUUAAAACAUAUACUUUGUAAAUUAUUAUUAUUAAAAUAGACCUGGAGCAAAGAUGGUUGAACCUCUAA